GAGCAAGUUAAACGGAAUUUUAAAUCAAAAAGAAAUUGCUUGCUCGCAAGUUGCAACAAAGAUUAAUGAGUACUCCAGGACUCAACAAGCUGCGUUCGUUCGUUCUAACAUCAUCCAUUCAUCCCCCACCUGUUCCGGUCGCCGUUGACCACUGAAUAGUGAAUCCAUUCCAUUUCCACCCUCGCCUCCGGCCGCCGGCGAAGCACAGUGACCUCGGGCGGCGCCAUGGAGCUGGUGGUGGGCGCAUCGGAGUCCACGGUGAAGUCCCUGCUGGGCAAGCUCGGCGGGCUCCUCGCGCAGGAGUACUCGCUCAUCCGCGGCGUGGAGGGAGACCUCCACUUCAUCAACGACGAGCUCACCAGCAUGCAGGCGUUCCUCCGCCAGCUGGGCGAAACGGGCGGAGGCCGCGUCGACGACCACCGCGUCAGGGACUGGAUGAAGCAGAUCCGGGACAUCACCUACGACAUCGAGGACUGCGUCGACGACUCCGCCAACCGGAUCCACGGCCUCAGCCGGGACGUCUGCUGCUACUUCCUCUCCAACAGCGUCUACGAGGUCCUCACCUGGUGGCCCCGCCGCGACGUCGCCGCCAAGAUCGCCAGCCUCAAGAUGCGGGCGCAGCAGAUCGGCGAGCGGCGGCAGCGCUACGGCGUCGAAAACCCCAAGACCCCCGAUCCUGCCGACGGCAGCGACAAGCCGCCGGCCAGCUCCAGGAAAGCUGGAUUCGACGCCGCCAGUAACCAGGACCCCAGCCUUGAGCUUGUCGUGACCAAGGAACCCGUGGGACUGAACAAGUACAUGGAUGAUGCACUCAAGAAUUGGAUCGCCGACAAGGACAAGGCGGGGGUGCUGGCCAUCGUUGGGUACGGAGGGGUGGGGAAGACCAGCCUCGCCAACUCCCUCUACCGCGAAUUCGGAGAUCAGUUCGACCAACGUGCGAUGAUCACAGUGUCACAGACCUCCGACGUUGAUGCUAUCCUAAAAAACAUCAAGGAUCAAGUCACCUCCCACAACAAUCAAGAGCAGCAAGGUGGCCACAGCGACAACCGUCUCCUCAAAGGCCUCCGCGGAGUCAUGGCCAGGUGUGCCAUCGGCGGCACCUCCGGCAAUACUCCGCGACACAAAACCACCAAGAUGCUCGACAGGCGUUUGUCCAAACGAAAAAGAUGCUUGUUCUUAAUUGAUGAUGUGUGGUCGACAGCGACAUGGACCAAGAUUAGAAACUCUCUUCCUGAAAAAGGCAGCAAAGUAAUUGUGACCACACGGUUUCAAGCUGUUGCCACAACAUGUGCAAGGGAUCCAAAUUCUGAUCAUUCUCGAGAAGUCAAACCCCUUGAUCUCAAUGAAUCGAAACAGCUAUUUACUCAGGCCUUCGAUGAAUCAAAAGGUACCAAAGAGGUGGAGAAUAUUCUGGAGAAUGUCUGGAAGAUGUGUGGGGGGUUGCCACUGGCAAUAGUUACUGUGGCUGGUCUUGUGGCUUGUAACCCAGACAAAUUACCGUUAAACAUCUGCAGUUCUCUGUUCCCAGAAUCAACAAGAGAUGCAAAAAAAGAAGUCAACCAGGAAGAAGUAGCCAGGAUCAUCAGCCAUUGUUACAAUGACAUGCCUGCAGAAAUCAAGACUUGCUCGCUCUACUUGAGCAUCUUCCCCAAGGGACACAGAAUCGGCAGGAAGCGAUUGACGAGGAGAUGGAUUGCGGAAGGCUUUGUCUUUGAGAAGGACGGAAUGAGCGUGGAGGAAGUUGCAGAGACGUACUUUAACCAUCUGAUAAGGAGGAAGAUUGUAAGGGCAGUUAAGCACAGCAGCAGUGGGAAGGUGAAGCACUGUGUUGUGCAUGACAUGAUUCUUGAGCACAUCGUGGCAAAGGCAGCCGAAGAGAACUUCAUCACGGUGGUUGGAGGCCAUUGGUUUAUGCAACCUGCGAGCAGUAAGGUCCGCCGUCUGUCCCUCCAGGGUAGUGAUGCAAAACGUUCGAAGGAUACCGAGAAAAUGAACCUUACUCAUGUCCGCUCACUGACAAUGUUCGACAACUUGAACCAGCUGCCUUCUCAUUCUUUCAGGUUCGGGAUUGUACAGGUCCUGGAUCUUGAAGGCUGUAAAGGUUUUAGAAAGCAACAUACAAAGGAGAUUUGCGAAAUGGUCCUUCUCAAGUACCUCAGCCUCCGUGGAACCGACGCUAAGAAGCUUCAUAAUACCAUCAAGAAUCUCCUGAAAUUAGAGACUCUGGAUGUAAGGGAGACGAAGAUUGUUGAGCUGCCUAAAGCCAUAUGCAAUCUUGAGCGGCUGGUUAACAUAUUCGGUGGGAAUAAAAUAACACGCCAAGCAUUGAAGCUUCCAGAUGAGUUGAUGAAAAGGACGAAGAUGAGGGCCAUGCGCGUUCUAUCAGGGGUUGAGAUUGCUGGGGAAGCAGGCGUCCUUCAUCAUUUGACCGAGCUGAGGAAGCUUGCCAUUUACAAACUAAAUAUCAAAUCGGAUAUGGCCUUGAAGGACCUGCUCUCCUCUAUUUGGUAUCUGGGUGGAUACUCGCUUCACACCCUUCUGAUUGAGGACGAAUCACCUGAGCUUCUUCAGUUAAUGUCUAGCUUGCCUAGUCCUCCAAAAUUCCUCACUGCCCUUGAGUUAUCUGCAAAGAUCGUUAAGCUCCCCGAUUGGAUUGCACAGCUUGAUGUUCUCAACAAGUUGACCCUCUCUGUAACAGCUCUCCGGACAGAUAACUUGGAAGACCUCAGCAAGCUGAAGGCGUUGUUUUCUCUCACCUUUUCACUUGCUCCAUCAAAGCAGGAUCCAGAGACAGUGACCAUGAUACAGGGCAACAGGGCAUACCCCAAAGCAGAUAUAAUUAUUCCGGCUGGCGGAUUCGAGAAACUUAAGCUGCUUCGCUUCUCGGCUCCUUUCCUGCCAUUGCUGACCUUUUCGAGAAAAGCCAUGGAACAUCUCCAAAGGCUUGAGCUACGUUUCAGCAUGUUGGAGGGACUUCAUGGUGUGGAAUUUCUCGAAUCUCUUAAGGAGGUGCACCUAAGCCUUCGGAUGAAAAAGCAGGAUCAUCCAGAAAUAAAUGAAAAGGCUGCAGAACAUAUCAAGAAGUGGAUCGAAGAUGAUAUAACAGGUUCUAAUGGCAGUAGCAAGGCCAAAAUCAUUUUUGAUCAGUAUUAUGAAGGGCUAUAGGUUCGGAUGGCGCAGUCAGCGCGCGCGGCAGCGCGAACAUCGGAAGCACGAUGAAUUCCAGGUUUUUAUGUUUAAAUUUCCAACAUUCUAUAAAGCACCAUUCAAUUUCCAACAUUGAGUUUUUAUGUUUAAAUUUCCUUGGAGAUUCCUAAAGUUGUUUUUUAUUUUUAGAUUUUUUAUUAAUUUUUUCAGAAAUAGAUUUUGUUUCAAAUAUUUCAAAUCUAACGUGCCAACGCCUAGCCAGUGGGCGAAAAAUAUAAACCACCUACUAGUUGGGGCGUGAAAUCCGACAUAUUAAACAUCUAUUAUUAAAGUAAGGGUAAUGGCCAUUGGAUGAAGAAUGACAUAUUUAUAAUUAUAGGCGGCCCCUUGGGAUGAAGGAUGACAUAUUUAUAAUUAUAGGCGGCCCCUUGCCACCCUGUGACCGACCGUUUUAUCCCCUAGGAGGAGCUGCCUGUAGAUGCACAAAGCUGGGCGAGAGUGGGGUUGGUGGGCUGGUUAUUUUGUAGGUGACCCCCUUGUCGGCUUGCUGUCCAAUGGGAGGGUGUUUUAAGCCCAAGUAGGGGGCUGCCUAUAAAAUCACCCGAGAUACUAAAAUACCGUGAUUCGAGUGCACUUCACUAAUAUAGCGAUAACUUUCUCAUAUGAACUCGGAAUCGGGCAAAAUUUAUAUCCAUGGGCAUCCACAAUAAAAUUAGAAUCGCGAAAUUCCACUUACAAGAUUGUGUUUUCUAGGCGAGAAGCUUAAAAACUCGUUGGAUAGAACUAUAAAUUUUUUUGGGUCACAUAGUUCAAUCCGUUUGAGCUCAAAUUUUCUAUGGUUAGUUCUUGUGUGCUCCUACAUGAAUAGAAAAUAGAAAUAGAAAAUAGAAAAAUAAAGUAAAAUAGAAAAGUGCUUUCUCUCUCGUCUCCACUGGAGGAAGAAAGUCUUCCAGCCCUCUCACUACUGUUUUGCAGGCAACCCCUUGCUUGGCCUUAAACUCCCAGCUAUAAAAAGGUAAGGGAACUAUCUGCAAAAUAGCCAGACCCUCUCCACCUGCCAUCUUGGCAAUUUUGCAGGCAGACCCCUGCUAGGGGAUAAAAUGCCCAGUAGCUGGGCGACAAGAGGGGUUGCGCGCACAAUUUACACUCACUGUCCAACAGCCAUUCCUCUCAGUUCUCUCAUCAUUUGGCAUGUAGGAUAUCGCGUCCAACUAGUGGACAUUUUAUAUUUUGUGUCCAUUGGCUAGGUGUUGGGAGGUUAUAUUUGCUAUUUUCAAAAAAAAAUCUAGUUUUGAAAAUAUUUAAUAAAAAAAUAUAAAAAUAAGAAAGGCAUCUUCAUUUUUGUUGGGCCGAAACCUCAUCUCCGACCUAUCUCCCCUCCACUUUACCUCCUCUCCUGGGCUCGCUGGCCCAUAUAGAGCGCCAACCAACUUCUCGAUGCCACCUCAACACCAUGCAUUGCACGCACCUGAGACCGCCUCGCUAGAGAUGGCAAUGGGUAAAUCUCCAUUGGGUAUCAUUACCCUAGACUAAUACGCACCACCGGAAUUCAAUACUAUCAAAAUCCCCAUAUCCUCCAUGGAUAAGAAAUUUCUCCAGACCCGUACUCACUUGGGUAAACCUGACCCAUUUACCCUGACAACAGUUUAAAAUAAUCUAAAUUGCAUAUUCCCCAUGUAGUAUAUUACAACAGCAAUAAGCACAUGACAAUAAAAAUAACACAGUUUAUA